AUGUCGCGAAUAUCGCCUGCGCUAGUGCCAGUGACGCUGCUGCUAUGGCUGUCGCUCGCCGCGUCGCACUGGCGACGGUCCCUCGGGCAGCAACUUGAGCAGCAUCUCGGGCAGCAGCUCGGCGAGCUGUCCCGCUUCAGAGACAUGCCUGACGACAGCCCUCGAAGACGAUUAGAGCGCUUCCAGUCCGAUGAGACCCCAAUCCUGCAGUCCCUUCCAACCGCCGCCAUCCGCGCCGUGAAAAGCGCCGGCAGCAGCGCCGACCGCAGACGCGGAGGCGCCACCAAGGUGGAAGGCGCUUCCGCCGCCGCUGCUGGCUUCCCCUCCUCCGCCUUCCCCCGCGUGUUCGAGUCGGGGCAGGGCUCGUGCGGCUUCCCCGACACGCGCGCAGACGCGGACGAGUGCGUGGCGGACCUGGCGGAGUUUCCCGCACUCAGCGCGCGCAGUGGUUCCGCCACCGUGCGGAAGUUGGCGUGCCUGGCGCACAACUACCUGCGCCCGUGGAUGGGGAUUCCGGGCGUCACCGCGGGGAUGGGCGCGCGGGGAAUGAUAUCCGCGGAAAUUCUGCACCAAAUGGGAACCAUGGCAAAUGUCCCUUGGGAGCAAAAGCAGGGCCGGGCGGUGUUCCGGGGCGGGAUGACAAACUACCACAUCGCCAUGCCCAUGCACUGGCGCGCCAGCCCUCGCUUCCGCGUGCACCGCAUGGCAGAUGCCCGCCCGGAUCUGCUAGACGCGCGCGUCAUGAGCGGUGUGGAUGUGAGAUGGCGUGAGAGCUUGGAGGCGGAUGGGGUGCGGCUGGGCGGGAGAUUAAAGCCCGAGGAGCUGCAGGGGUUUAAGUAUGAGCUGGAUGUGGACGGCGGGACAGGGAGCGGCCGGACGUGUGGGAUUCUGGCGAGCAAUCAGGUUCUGAUCCGCCAGGCCAGCGAGUACUAUCAGUUCUUCGACCCGCUGCUGUGCCCUAUGAAGCACUUCCUCCCCACCCACCGCUACUUCAACAACCUUUACUCGCAAAUCCAGUGGGCCCGCGCCAACGACCAACGGGCACGGGAGAUUGUUGCGGCUGCCAAUGACUUUGCCAGUCUCCUUGCCCCUCCCUUCCCCUCCCCCACACACCCUCUCCGUCCUGUAACUAACUUUGCCCGGUUCAUCGCAGUUUCUCCCCGCACCAUUCCCCCUCAAUUUCUCUCAUUUCUUCCCACACUUGUUUCGUCUCUCAUCCCUCCUCUCUCAUUCCUCCUCUCUCAUCCCUCCUCUCUCGUCCCUGCUCUCUCAUCCCGCUCCUAUCCUGCAGCACCCUGUGCACGUGGGAGGGGUGCCAGCUAUUCUGGGCUAUUUUGCUCGUCAAGUACCCCAAAGUGCCUUAGAGCACAGCGCCAGCAUCACAGCUCCGCCUCCCCUGAUGCCCCUGGGUCGUUCCCCCCCCUCUCUAACCAUUUUCUCAUGUCUUUCCCCCCCUGUUUCCUCUCUUAUCCUUCUCCUCCCUGCAGCACCCUGUGCAUCACAGCUCCUCCGAUCCCCUUGAGGGUACUUCUCCCACUCUCACACAACUUUCUUCUCUAUUCCUCACUUCGUCUCGGGCUUCUCUUAUCCUCUCCCCUCAUGCAGCACUCUCUGCACAUGGGAGGGACGGCGUCUCUUCUGGGCUAUCCUGCUCGCUAA